AUGUUUAAAGUUAGUCAACCAUUGCUGGGAGGUUUGCUAUGGAAGAGAUCAUGGCGAAUGUCAAGACCUCAAAAACAACGUUUAAGAGGGAGAUUGACUCAAAUAGAUAAAGUGAUUGAAACUGUAACGACCGGUCUAAAACAAGAAUUAUUAAAAACACAAUCUCUAGGAGAACCAUUAAUUCUACCGCAGAUAGUUAAAGAUCUAAAUAAUUCCAAAAUUUUUCCAAAAGAGAGUCAAAUGCUACCACGAGAUAAAUAUACAGUAUUUGAUAAAAAAGUUAGGGGCUAUCGUAAAAGUGUUCAUCAUGUACCCAAAUGGACAAAAAUAUCUCAAAGAACUAAUCCUGAAAACUAUUAA